AUGCGUUUCACUUCGAUCAUCGUCGCCGGCGUCUUCGCCCUGACUGCCACCGCCCAGUCCGUCACUGAGACUCCCAGUGAGACAGCUGCUACUACUGCCACCUCGACUGCCACCAGCGUUCAGGCCACCGACUCUGCUCAGGCCGCCAUCACUGCCUGCCUGGAUGCUUGCGCCACCGGCGAUGUCACCUGCCAGGCUCACUGCAUCACUGUCCCCAGCCCCGACACCACUGCCGUGAACCAGACCACUGAGUGUGUUGCCGCCUGCCCCCAGGGCAACGGCACUGCUGCCGAGAACGACGCCUACGCCUCGUGUGUGAACGGCUGCAUCAACCAGUUCUACUACAGCGCCUCCGUCGGCACUCCCACCGGCACCCAGGGCAGCGACUCCAACAAGGGCAGCGCCAGCGUCACUGCUGUUGUCUCUACCAUCACCUCCGGCAGCUCGACCUUCACCACCACUUUCUCCUCGACCAAGGGCUCCAACACCGGCUCUGCCACUGGCUCUGCCGCCAGCACUUCCAGCACUGGAAACGCCGCCGACGCUGUCUUCCGCAACGGAGCUUCGUCUGUGGGUCUGCUCGGCUUCCUUGCCUUCCUGGCGCUAUGA